CUACAAUCGAAGGCAGUGGAAACCUGAAUCGGAAUCAGGGGAAGUUGAUCUUCUUGAAGGUGUUGUGUUGUGCGGGGAAUCCAUCCCAAACACGCGCUUAUCUUCCUUUCGCCGAUACGAGAUUCCAUCAUCGUCUCCGCAUUGUCUCGGCUUUCCUGCUUCUGCCUUUUCUUCUCUUUCUUUCUUUCGACUGUCCACGGCCCUGAAUAUAUCUCUUCUCCUUCGCCUACUUUUCUCCAUCGCUGUAACCAUGAAUCUUCGUCGAGUGACUUCCCAUAACUUCCACACCUUCCGACAUCACUAUGUCUCUGAGGUCUCCGGCUCUCUGGGCGAUUUGGGCACAUUCCUGCCCAUCGCCCUCGCCCUCGCCGUCAAUGGCACCGUUUCUCUCUCAAGCACCUUGAUUUUCUCCGGCCUGUUCAACAUCCUGACCGGUCUCUUCUUUGGGAUUCCUCUCCCCGUCCAGCCCAUGAAAGCCAUCGCUGCUGUGGCCAUUGCCCGGACCUUCUCCAACGGAGCCAUCGCCGCUGCUGGUAUCUUUGUCGGGGCUUGUGUCUUUCUCUUCAGCAUAAGCGGCCUCCUGAAUUGGUUUGCUAAUGCCAUUCCCAUUCCCGUCAUCAAGGGCAUCCAAGUUGGGGCCGGUCUAUCCUUGAUAAUCGCGUCGGGGGGCUCGAUUCUCUCGUCGCUCGGAUGGGUCCAGCCGUCGUGGGCUGACAACCGCCUCUGGGCUGUGGCGGCCUUCCUCUUCCUCAUCAUCACCAACGUCUACCGCAACGUGCCCUACGCCCUCCUUGUCUUCAUUCUGGGGCUGUCAUUCGCGAUUAUCGGCAGCGCGCUAGCCUCCGACCUCCCCUCGCUCCACUACUGGCACCCCUACACCGUUCUCCCCACCCCGCACGAAUGGCGCAUCGGCGCCCUCGACGCAGGGGUUGGACAGAUCCCGCUGACCACCUUGAACUCGGUCGUCGCCGUAGUCCACUUGGCCAGUGACCUCCUCCCGACCCAGGAGAUCCCCAGUAUCACUGCUGUGGGCCUCAGCGUGGCGGGCAUGAACCUCAUCGGAUGCUGGUUCGGCGCGAUGCCCGUCUGCCACGGCUCCGGCGGCUUGGCCGCGCAGUACCGCUUUGGCGCCCGCUCCGGCGCCAGCGUCAUCUUCUUGGGUAUGCUCAAGCUCCUCAUCGGCGUCUUCUUUGGGGAGUCGCUCGUCGGCCUGCUGCGGCGCUUCCCCAGCGCCCUGCUCGGCGUCAUGGUCAUCGCCGCAGGACUGGAAUUGGUCAGCGUGGGCGAGUCGCUCAACACCACCGGCGCGCGGGAUAUCCGCAAGGCAAACCACGGGUUCGCCGGCGACGGCGCGCAGGAGAUCGGCCCCAUGCUGAGCGAUUGGGAGCGCAAGCGCCGGUGGACCGUCAUGAUGGUCACGGUGGGGUUGCUGGUGGGGUUCAAGAACGAUGCCGUCGGGUUCGUCGCGGGCAUGCUCUGCCAUUGGGGGUAUGAGUUGCCCACGCUGUUUGAGCGGGUCCGUGAACGCUGGAAUCAGCGACGGAUUCAGUUGGAGUGAAUGGGUUUUGGGAGAGUCAGUCAUGUACUAUUGUGGUAGUGACCGAUGAGUCUCUUUUUCAUGGUCGUGAUUCUUUGUAUAGUUGAUCCCUCUGUGUAUAUACGCUCUCUGGUUUGGAGGCGAUUUUGGUGUAUCUGAGAGUCGGUCUGCACGAGGAGCACGAACGAGAUGAGUUAUGAAAUAUGGUUUUGGUUUUGGUUUUUGGAAAGUCGGUUGGUGUACCUAUAUACUGACCACAGAUGGCUUGCCACACGACUACCUAUUGUAUGUACAAGGGAUCCAGGAACAUGGUGGUGAAUGUCCCUUCAGAUGGGAGAAGAUGGUCUUGGUGCUAAACAGAUUGAUUUCCAUCAGAGAUUCAGGAAAUAGGAUACAUACUCUUGUACUACAAGGGCACGGGCCUAGUGGGACAGCAUAUGGAGGGA